GUCUGGCUACAGACGCAUCAUAAAAAACUGACCAAUUGCCAUUAUGUCGUUCAACGCAGGCCCAGUCCUCCUCCUUGGCGGCACUGGCAAGGUAGCUCGCAGCAUCGCCGCGCUCUUGGCCAAAUCGGACAUCCCCACUAUCCAAGCCUCUCGUAACGGUGCCACCACAGAGCCCGAUGCCACGAACAUCUCAGGUGUCGCGUUCGACUGGCACGAUGAGACGACCUACGCCAAAGCUCUCGCGGCAAAACCGCGCGCCGUAUUCCUCGUCGCGCCACCCAUUCUCGACAGUUUCUCCCCCAUGUCGGCGUUCAUCAAUAUUGCACAAGAAAAAGGAGUCCGGCGAUUUGUCCUCCUGAGCUCGAGCGCGCUGGAAGCGGACGAGGAGGGCGUGGCAAUGGGCAAGGUGCACGCCUACCUCAAAGCUCUCGGCGACAAGGGCCAAGUGGAGUGGGCGGCUCUGCGGCCGACCUGGUUCCAGGAGAAUCUGGUAGAGCACAGGGCGCAUGUCAUGUCUAUUUGGGGCGAGGGCAAGGUGUACUCGGCCACGGGGGAGGGACGAAUCCCAUGGGUUGCUGUCGAGGACAUUGCGGCCUCGGCGUUCCAACUCUUGACGCAGGAGGCAGCGCCCAAUGCAGAGUUUCUGAUUCUGGGGCCGGAGCUGCUUUCCUACGGCGAUAUUGCUGCGAUUAUUUCCGACGUGCUGGGCCGCAAGGUCGUGCAUCACCAACAGACGCCGCGCGAGCGGAAGGAUAUGUUCGCCAUGGCGGGCAUGCCUGAUGGCUAUGCUGACAUGAUGGCAGCGUUGGAUGUUCAGAUUCUCCAUGGAAGCGAGGAGAGGACGAACGACGUGGUGUUAAAGCUCACAGGCAGAGAACCGAGAAGGUUUCGGGUCAUGGCUGAGCAGCGCAAAGAGGUUUGGCUCAGCGAUGCAUGA